AUGAAACUGCCGCUUGGUGAAUGGUGGGCCGAUUCCGGAGCCACUGCAAAACCACCCGAGGUGCGAAGAGCUCGCAAGCCUCCGAUAAUCCCGAAGGGUGUGCAGAACCACGUGAGAUGCGGAAAGUUUUCGGCCGGCAGAAUACGCGCAGCCCGACGCAUCGGCGCAGCCCUGGCGACGGCGAUCUGGUCUGCCGCUGCCGUCUCCCCCCGUCGGGGGCGCGGUGAGUCACACCCCGUCGUCGGGAAGCCUCUGCCGCGCUCCUUCCUCCUCUUCCUCUGCGGGCCUCUGCUCCUCUUCCUCACCCGACGGCGUUGCAGCAGAAGCGGCCCCUGCCGCUCUUCAUCGCCGGCGGUCUCUCAAACCGGCUGCGGUGUAUCCCUGCCCUCCGCUGUCGUCUGCUCCUGCUCGCUGUCACCCGGCGCCGCCGGCUCGCAGGCCGCUCCGCUCGCCGGCUCCCUGUCAUCCGCUGUCGCCGACAGUGCUCUGUCACCGCAUACGAGUCGAAGAGCUACAGUGCCGGCCCCGUGCCUCUGCUCGUCGGUGGUUACAGUAGCGGCAAGCAUGGCCGCCGCCGCCUCCGCAUCGGCGUCAUCCGUGGCCCGCUCCCUGCUCGCGCUUCUGAAGACCAUAGCGCGCGACGUGCUCGCCGUACUGGCCGUGGUCGCCUUCUUCCUGACGCCCGUCGCCGCGCUGCCCUACACGCGUGCCUACGUGCCCAACACGUACACGCUCAUCAACUCCAACUGCUCGGCAUGGGCGCUCCGCAUACUCACCUGGCUUCUGCUGCUCCCCGGCACCGUGUCCGUGGUGUUCGUGCUCAUCGUGCUGCCGCCGCUGUGCAUACCGCGCCGCUGGAAGUACAGGGCCGUCGUCGAAAACUACAAGGUCGGGCCCCAGACCACGUUCCGCUGGGAGUCGCCCUUCUUCGACCGAAAGUACCGGCUCUGAUGAGCCUGUCGGGCUAGCGCUGCCUCCGCUGCUGUCGCGUUCUCCAGCCCGGUGAAGAUAACACCGACGCGGGAAAAAAAAAAAAACGGCACGGACGGUCGCUGCCUUCUCGUCGGUGGGAGACGCGGACGGAGGAUCUUCAACGGACCAGGCGGGCCAUUUGUAGCCGGGGCCCUUGGCUCGCCAACGGACCAGGUCCAUCGUAGUCGGCCCUCACCCAAGCUCGAAGCCAAAGCGUCAUCGAGACCCCAAUGUUCAUCGAUCUGCUAAUACUUUUUUGUCCUACGGUGUAAAUAAUUAUGCUUCAUGUUAGGCGUGCUUCCAGAAAUACGAGAUUUUUUUAUAUUUUUUUCCCACUUUGUAUUUACCUAGGAAUAACUGUGAUGGUGAUAGAAGAAUACUGGGCUGUCACGUAGCCUCUGCGUAUUUAUAAGGACUCUCUUUUUCGCCUAUUUAGGAAAUACGUACGUACACACCGGUACAUUAUAUACUUCCGGGCAUUAAAGGAAUA